AUGGCUCGAUUAUUGUUGUUAGUGUUAGCAGUUUUUCUCAUGAUAAUGAACAUUAAUAUUCAUCAAAUUUCAUGCGCUCAUCCUGAUAUAGUGACCAUUCCUUCCCCAAUAAUUAGCCCCGCAUCUUCACCAUUACCUAGUGGAGAUAGCGGUGCAGGAGGUGGAGGAGGAGGAGGAGGUGGAGGUGAAGGAGGUGGUACAAAAGGUGGUUAUGGCUAUGGAAGUGGUAGUGGCUCGGGAUGGGGACGAAGUGGUGGAGGGGGUGGUGGUGGUGGAGGAGGUGGAGGUGGAGGUAGUGAUCGAGGACAACGUGGUGGAGGUAUUGGUUGUGGUGCGGGUCAGGGUUCUAGUGGUAGCGAUGGAAGUGUUCCAAUUCCUAGUCCCAGUGUCAAGCCUUGGACGACCAGGAAUAUUUUCCCAGGCUUUUACUAG